AUGGAAGAAGCUAACACAAAACGAAAUAUAAAUAAUGAUAUUUUACAAUAUGGUGAUAUGUUUAAAGAUGCUAUACCACUAACUACAUCAGAAGUAUUAGAAGAAGUAUCUACAAAAGGAACAGGAAAAUAUGCACGUGAAACAGAAGAAUAUUGUAAACAAUUUAAAGAUAAUGGAAACCCAAAAGAACUUAUUGAAAAAUUAAAAAGUAUGUCUCAUUUAUCAUUACUUGAAAUAGUUUCUUUAUGUAAUUUUAAACCAACAUCUAUUGAUCAAGCAAAAAUGUUGAUAAAGUCAUUAGACAAUUAUCCUGAUUCUGAUUUAAAAAAUGUUAUUGAUAUAUUAGAUAAUGAUAGUAAAGGAAUAGAUGAAGAUGAUUUAGACUAA